AUGGCGGGCAUUGAGCAGCUCGAAAUUCACAGCCGAGCCUACAUCGUGCGCUGGGUCAAGGUUGACGCCGGGCACACCAUCUCAUGGAGUGUGCAGCCGCACAAGAAGUCCAUCAACCUCGCAAUCGUCAAGCACCCUGGCACAGGCGCAACCAGCCUCACCUCGCAACAAGUCGAACUCGGCAGCACAUCCGACCAACACCAAAGCGACGGCAGCACGACCGAGGCCCGGGGCGGCAGCCUCUUUGGCGGCCGUCGCGAGGCCAGCACCGCACAAGAUAUGCUCGCGAAGAAGGGCUUCAUCCCAAUCAAAUGGGUCGGCAAGUGCGAAGCCGACAAAGUCUCAGUCGGCACAUACGACGUUACGCAGGGCGGCAUGUUCGGGCUGGUGUUUGAUAAUACCUUCUCGAAGCAGACGUCCAAGACGGCAACGUUCGUGUUGUUGACGUAUCCGACGGGGAAUCCUCCACAGACGGCUAGGCAUCUGCCCAAUUUGCAGGCCGGGCCGGGCGCAACUGUCAGUCGGACAAGUCUCGGUACAGGUGCUGGGGGUACUGGUGGGGGUAAACACGGGAAUAGUCCGCAUCUCGGGGCUGUCACCUCCGAGUCGGUCGACAGUCUGCACAGUCACAGUCCCGGCGGCGCCAGCAGGUCAAGAGCAGUUUCUGCUGCCGCAGGCACCGUCGAUGCCGCUGCGGCCGCUGCUAACUCAACAACCGGCAUCGUCCCCACAACGUACCACGUCGGCGUGCUCCUCAAACGCCGCCGCAAAAAGGGCCAAGGCUACGCUCGCCGCUUCUUCUCCCUCGACUACAUCACCUGCACACUCUCCUACUAUCACAGCCGGAACUCGUCUGCUCUUCGCGGUGCCAUCCCCCUGAGCCUGGCAGCUAUUGCGGCCGACGAGCGUCGCAGGGAGUUUACCAUCGACUCGGGCGCUGAGGUCUGGCAUUUGAAGGCUUCGAAUGCCAAAGAAUUCAGUGACUGGGCGAGGGCACUCGAGAGGGCGAGCAAGAUUGCUCGUGGGUUGGAGAGCGUGCCGCAGGAGGAUGCUGCUGCCAAGCCGGGUACAUCCGGGGGACAGCCAAGUGCUACUGCGGCUGCGACGGUCGCGACGACUGUUGCCGGGUCUGCUGCUGCCGGCACAACAUCCUCGUCUGCGGAGGAGGAGGAGCGUGAAUGGCAGCAGGUUGAGGCGUUGGUCAGUCGGAUUGUGGGCACGCGUGAUGCAUUGAGGAGGUUGGUUAAGGAUUUGGCGGCGCAGAAACAGCCUCUGGCUGCACCCGCGCCGUUAUCGGCUGUGCAGUCCCCUUCGGAGGAAGGGGAUGGGCAUGCUGCCGCGCAGCAACAGCAGCAGGCGGCGGGUAGGACGCCGUUCUGGAAGCGCAAGGUUAGCGGGAAUAACACCCAGGGUGCGCCUGGGGCCGCCGGGGUAGUUGCUGCUGUGGCAGCGCUGGCGGCAGCUCCGGCUAUUAAUGGAGCUGCUAAGAGUUAUGGCAGUUUGCAGCAGCAGCAGCAGCAGCAGGAGGCGAGAGAUAUCUACGAUAACUGUGAGGCGCUGCUCAAGGACCUUGACUCGGUUGUCGUGGAGUUCUCUACGCUGCUGACGACCAGCAGGCGGAGACGUAUGGGCGUCCAGCAGCCUUCCAGCUCUGCCGCGACGGCGCCGAGGAAGAGUAUGGAGAGCAGCGCGUCUAGUGUGGAUGAAUUCUUCGACGCUGAGGCCGGAGACAGCGAGGGACAGAAUCAUCAGCUCAUGAUGAUCAAGCGCAAGGACGAGGAAGAGGAAGAAGAGGAAGAGGAAGAGGAAGAAGAGGAAGAAGAGGUCUCGAUCCAUGAGUCCUCCUCAGCGGAUGAGACAGAAGACGAGGAAGAGUACUCUGGUGCCGACGGCUCGAACCUUUUCCCUGUCCGGCCCAAGUCCCUUGCUCCUCUGCCUCUGACCGAGGCUUCUGUCGUCCGGCGCAAGACCAUCCCCCCGGCAAAGGUCCCCCCUCCGAGCUUGAUCGCCUUCGUCCGCAAGAACGUCGGCAAGGACCUCAGCACGAUCAGCAUGCCGGUCUCGGCCAACGAACCCAUCUCCAUGACUCAACGCGUUGCCGAGCAGAUGGAGUACGCACACCUCCUCGACGCAGCAGCCAAGCACCCCGUUCCCGAGCAACGCCUCGCCCUCGUCGCUGCCUUUGCCAUCAGCCAGUUUAGCAAUGGCCGGGCCAAGGAACGCGCCAUCCGCAAACCGUUCAACCCCCUGCUGGGCGAGACUUUCGAGCUCAUCCGCAGCGAAGCCGAAGUCCCCGGCGGUAUGAGGGUCCUCGUGGAAAAGGUUACCCAUCGUCCCGUGAGGUUGGCCAUGCAAGCCGACAGCGCGCACUGGAGCUUCGCGCAGUCUCCCGCUCCGACGCAAAAGUUCUGGGGUAAGUCGGCCGAGCUGACGACCGACGGUCGGGCAAGGUUGACGCUGAAGGUCGUGGCGGCCGAUGGGAUGGAGGAGCGGUACAGCUGGAAUACGGCGACCGUUUUUCUGAGGAAUGUGGUCAUGGGCGAAAAGUAUGUCGAGCCUGUGGGGAGCAUGCACGUGCUUAAUGAGACGAACGGGCAGAAGGCUAGUAUUGAAUUCCGCUCGAGGGGCGUGUUUGGCGGACGCGGCGAGGAGGUGCAUGUGGAUAUUUUGAGGUCAGACGGGGCGCCUUCGGGAGUCACACUGUCGGGGACGUGGACGACCUCGUUGAGGGUUCUGCCGGAUGGGAAGGAGAUUUGGCGGGUUGGGUCGCUGGUGGAUAAUUAUGCGAAUACCUACGGCUUGACAACGUUCGCGGCGUCCUUGAAUGAGAUCACGCCGCUGGAAAAGGGGAAGCUGCCGCCUACUGAUACGCGGUUGCGUCCUGAUCAGAGGCUGGCUGAGCAGGGUGAUUUGGAUGCGGCGGAGGAGUGGAAGGUUAAGCUGGAGGAGGCGCAGAGGGCUCGGAGGAGGGUUAUGGAAGAGCGGGGUGAGGAGUGGAAACCGAGAUGGUUUGUUAAAGUCGCGACGGGAGCGGAUGGCGAGGAGGUCUGGAAGAUGAAGGGGGGUAAAGAGGGGUAUUGGGAGGAGAGGAGUAGAGACCCAAGAAGAGAGAGAACGAGAAUGGCCCGUGGCAUCCGCAUCGCCAUCGACCGCGGCGGCACUUUCACCGAUUGCGUUGGCACCAACCCGGUCACCAACGAAACCAUCAUCCUUAAGCUCCUCUCCGAAGACCCCUCGAACUACCCCGAUGCGCCCCUUGAAGGCAUCCGCCGCAUCUUGUCCCACUUUCUGGGGAAGGAGAUUCCCCGCGGCGCGCCCAUCGAUACGUCUGUGAUUGAAAGCAUACGCAUGGGCACGACCGUCGCGACGAAUGCGUUACUCGAACGAAAGGGGGAGAGAAUCGUCUUCGUGGUGACAGAAGGGUUCAGAGAUUGUCUGGUUAUCGGGAACCAGAGCAGGCCGAGGAUCUUUGAGCUGGAUGUGCGCAAGCCGGGGGUGUUGUAUGAGGGGGUUGUGGAGGUUGGUGAGAGGGUGACGCUGGAGGAUUAUGCUGAGGAUCCGGAACGGAAGAUUACGAGGGUCGAAAAGAAGGUCGGGGAGGGGGAGGUUAAGGAUGGGGAAGUGGUUAUGGGUCUGAGCGGCGAGGCCGUGAGAGUGUUGAGGAGGAUUGAUCGGGAGGAGGUGAGGAGAAAAUUGCAGGAAGCGUAUGACACGGGCGUGAGGAGUGUGGCGGUUUGCUUGAUGCAUGCGUAUACCUUUCCGGAUCAUGAAAAGGUUGUGGGAGAGGUUGCAAAGGAGAUUGGCUUCACGCAUGUCUCGCUCUCCCACGAGCUGAUGCCGAUGAUCAAGCUUGUCCCGAGAGCAACCUCCGUCUGCGCCGACGCAUACUUGACUCCUGCAAUCAAGCGGUACAUUGCCGGCUUCCAAGCCGGCUUCGUGGGCGGCAAGCUGGGGACAAAGUCCGUCACGGACUCUCAAGGAGCCCGCUGCGAGUUCAUGCAAUCCGACGGCGGUCUAGUCGACGUCGACCGCUUCACCGGUCUCCGUGCCAUCCUCUCCGGUCCUGCUGGCGGUGUGGUCGGGUACGCCAUCACCUCCUGGGACCCGAAUACCCGCAUCCCCGUCAUUGGCUUCGACAUGGGCGGCACCAGCACCGACGUAAGCCGCUUCGGUGAGGGGAGGUACGACCACACGUUCGAGACGACCACGGCUGGCGUCACGAUUCAGUCCCCGCAGCUGGAUAUCAACACGGUUGCUGCUGGCGGCGGGUCAAUGCUGUUCUUCAGGAAUGGGCUGUUUGUUGUUGGGCCCGAGUCAGCAGGUGCUCAUCCAGGGCCGGCGUGCUACAGGAAGGGUGGUCCUGCUACUGUGACAGACGCGAACUUGGUACUGGGGAGGCUGUUGCCCGAGUUUUUCCCUAAGAUCUUCGGGCCGAAUGAGGAUCAGCCAUUGGAUGUCGAGGCUAGUAGGCAGGUUAUCGCAAAGUUGGCGGAGCAGAUCAAGAACGAGACUGGGAAGGAGAUGAGCGUGGAUGAGGUCGCGUAUGGGUUCUUGACUGUUGCCAAUGAGGCCAUGACCAGGCCGAUUCGAAGUAUUACUGAGGCAAAGGGCCAUGACACGGCGAAGCAUCGUCUGGCCACGUUUGGUGGUGCCGGAGGACAGCACGCGGUAGCAAUUGCUGAAGCUCUCGGUAUCAGACAGAUCCUGGUACACCGAUACUCUUCUGUCCUUAGCGCGUACGGCAUGAUGCUGGCCGAUGUGGUCGACGAGCGUCAGGAGCCCGAGAGCGCAGUCUGGGACUUUAGUAAAAUGGGCGUCGUUGAGGGGCUGAAGUCGAAGAUGGAGUCUCUCAAGGAGAGGUCCAGACGGGCGCUCAAGGAGCAGGGAUUCAGCGACGAAGACAUCGUCUUCGAGGAGUAUCUCAACAUGCGCUACCGCGGCACUGAGUCUGCUCUGAUGGUCAUCAAGCCUACAGGCGAGGACGAUGUGGCCGAGUGGGAUUUCGGAGCUGCUUUCGUGAAGCAGCAUCGCUACGAGUUCGGUUUCACCCUCGACGAGCGUGACAUCAUUGUCGAUGAUGUGCGCGUGCGCGGUAUUGGUCGCAGCUUUAGGUAUGAGGAUAAGAGCGUUGAUGAGCAGCUCAAGACCGUUGCCCGGAAGCCUGUUGCCGCUGAGAAGAGGCACUCAGUCAAGAGUGUGUACUUUGAGGGCGGCAGACACGAGACGCCCGUGUAUCGGUUGGGUGAUCUGGCCGUUGGUGAUGUUAUCAAGGGCCCAGCCAUGCUGGCCGAUGGCACCCAGACCAUUGUCGUGACACCGUCGGCUACUGCACUGGUGCUCGAGACGCAUGUGGUGAUUGAUGUUGGCGAGAGCGAGAAGGAAAGAUCCCUCACCACCACCGUCGACCCCAUCAUGCUCUCCAUUUUUGGCCAUCGCUUCAUGGCCAUCGCCGAGCAAAUGGGCCGUGCCCUGCAAAAGACCAGCGUCUCGACCAACGUCAAAGAGCGCCUCGACUUCUCCUGCGCCAUCUUCGACGCCGACGGCGGCCUCGUCGCCAACGCCCCACAUCUCCCUGUCCACCUGGGCUCCAUGUCAACCUGCGUACGCCGCCAGGCUGAAAUUUGGAGGGGCAGGCUCAAGAAGGGGGAUGUCAUCGUGUCGAAUCAUCCUUCGUAUGGAGGGACUCAUUUGCCAGACGUGACGGUCAUCACACCGGCGUUCGAUGAGAAGGGGGAGAGGAUUCUGUUCUAUGCUGCCAGCAGAGCACACCAUGCUGAUAUUGGUGGUAUUACGGCAGGCAGCAUGCCUCCUCAUUCGAGGGAGCUGCAUCACGAGGGUGCCGCGAUUAGAAGUGAGAAGUUGGUGAGCGAGGGCAAGUUCGACGAAGCCAGAGUUGUCCAGCUGUUCUAUGACGAGCCAGCCAAGUACCCCGGCUGCUCCGGUUCUCGCUGUCUAGCAGACAACAUCAACGACCUCCGUGCCCAAGUCUCAGCCAAUCAGCGCGGUAUCUCCCUCAUUGCGAGCCUAAUCGCCGAGUACGGCGAGGAAACUGUUCACUUCUACAUGCGCGCAAUCCAAAAGAAUGCCGAGCUCCAAGUUCGCGCUCUUCUCAAGGACGUCGCAGCCCGCUAUCCCAACCAGACCCUCACCGCCGAAGAUUUCAUGGACGACGGCUCCCCGAUCCGUCUCUCCAUUUCCAUCGACCCAGCCAAGGGCGAAGCCGUCUUCGACUUCACCGGCACAGGCCCCGAAGUCUACGGCAACAUCAACGCGCCGCAGGCCAUUUCCUACUCUGCCAUCAUCUACUGCCUGCGCUGCAUGAUCUCCUCUGACAUCCCGCUCAACCAGGGCUGUCUGGCCCCUAUCACGGUCAAGAUCCCCCCAGCCUCUCUUCUGAGCCCAUCAGACAACGCUGCCGUGGUAGGAGGCAACGUCCUUACCUCUCAGCGCAUUACAGACGUGAUUUUCCGCGCCUUCCGGGCCUGCGCCGCCUCGCAGGGCGAUUGCAAUAAUCUUACCUUCGGUUUCGGCGGCAACGUCUCUGGGCAAAAAGCCGUGCCCGGAUUCGGGUACUACGAGACCAUCGCCGGCGGGUCCGGUGCCGGUCCAACAUGGGAAGGCUGUGACGGCGUGCACACACACAUGACCAACACCCGAAUCACGGACGCCGAGAUCUUUGAGCGCCGGUACCCCGUUAUCCUGCGUGAGUUUUCCAUCCGUCGCGGGUCCGGUGGGAGAGGCAAGCACCGCGGCGGCGACGGUGUCGUCAGGGACAUUGAGUUCCGUGUUCCCGUGCAGGUCUCCAUCCUCAGCGAGCGCCGCGUCUACAGACCAUAUGGCAUGGAAGGCGGUGAGCCGGGACAAUGCGGUUUGAAUCUGUGGAUACGUAAAGUCAGGAAGGAGAGCUGGGAGACCAGACUGAGGAGAUUACUCCGCGAGCAGGAGGGUCAGGACAAUGAGAUUGACGGGGAGAAUGGUGUCGAGUGGGAAGAGAGGAUUAUCAAUCUGGGCGGGAAGAACACUGCCCAAAUGCAGCCCGGCGAUAGGAUUAUUAUCAACACGCCGGGCGGUGGUGCUUGGGGUCCGGUCGGCGAGGAGAAGGCGGUUGAGGAGAAGAAGGACCCCAUGGAGGGCUGGAAGAAGGGGUCGCAUGCCGCGAGGGAGGAUACUGCUCUGCAGGUUUAG